GCUAGCUUGGUACCAUACUUGCCUUUAUACAUGAGUCAACUUGGUCUUUCAGCGACACAGAUCGGUUUAAUCAGAGGUCUGGAACCACUCCUAGCCCUCAUCUUUACACACUUAUGGGGAAGCAUUGCUGAUAGCUUUAACACCCAUAGAGCCGUGCUCAUUACAGCCAUAGGGGGUGCCACAGUAUUCCUGUUUGGGACCUUUUUUGUUCCAUCUUCUAUGAGAAUAGGGGCAUAUCAUAACAUCACCACACAGUUACCUGUCGAUCAAGAUGUGCCCAGUCUUAGGACUUCAGACCUUUUGCAUCCAAUGGAUGUAACAGAAUUUCCACCGUACUUGAAUGAGAUUUCACCGACAGUGCAAUUAGAGGAUGACAGUGGUGCAAGGAUCGGUAUCUGUUACAGUGUUUGUAGAGCACUCAAUGACAGUUUAUCAUGUGAGAAAAAUAGGGGCACGGUAGAAGACAACUCUACGUCAGCGAUGAGAGAGGAAUCUUGUUUACAAACUCUGUGUUUCCUUCAACAAGAGAUGGUCAGUGUCAACAGAACUAGUGGAUGUAAUGAUAGUGGAGAAGCGUAUGAUUCUUUUUCUCAGGAAAGUGGUUCAUCUUGUUACCAAUGUGAACCAGUUAUAUACCAAAAACAGUCAGAUGAUAUAAGGUACAACGAAGCUGAUGUAUGGUGUUCAAGAAGUAACGGAAAUCCUUUGACGAAUUCAACGUCUUUUAAUAUUUCGCUUGUCUCUUACCUGAAUAUUAGUGAUGCAACACAGCAUUCAUUCUCAUGUCACUGCCAUGAGUACGAACCUGAAGGAAGUGAAAGAGAUCAUGGUGAUUCAACUUUCCUCUCCACGUUUUUUCUCUUGCUCAUUUUGAUAUUGUUUAGCAGGACGUUCCAAUGCACCACCUCCCCAAUACUUCACUCAACGACAAUGGAAUUACUGCAACAAAAACAUGAUGACUUUGGUAAGCAGCGUAUCUGGGGUGCUUUCGGAUGGGGCGCCUUUUCUCUUAUCUCUGGUAUUCUCAUUGACCACUACGCAAGGAAUUCAUCCAAGAGCCUAGCACAUUUUGAUCCUGCAUUCUAUCUAUUCCUCGCCUUCAUGCUGGCCGCGGUGGUAUUUGCAACUUUUAUCGUCUUCCCUUUACAGACUUCAAUCAAAGCACAGUGCCAAAGGAUACCAAGACUCAUCCGCAAACCCGAGAUCCUAGGAUUCCUGGUGACAGUCUGUAUCCUAGGGAUGGGUUUUGGAGUCAUUGGAACAUUCCUCUUCCUGUAUCUUCAAGAACUUGAAGCAUCUCAUACCCUGAUGGGAUUGACACUUACUAUCACCUGUAUUGCAGAGAUACCCUUCUUGUUUUUAUCUAACCGUGUUAUACGCUUCACUGGUCAUAUAGGAGCUCUCUGCUUCUCAUUAUUCUGCUAUACUGUACGUUUCUUAGGAUACUCCCUAAUCAGCAAUCCCUGGGCAGUCAUACCUUUUGAGCUUUUACAUGGAAUCACCUAUGGGUUAUCUUGGGCCGCUUGUACAUCCUAUGCCAAUCAGAACGCACCACCAGGUCUGGCCUUAACACUGCAAGCAGUCUUCACCAGCGUUCAUAUGGGAUUUGGAAAGGGUCUAGGAACAUUAUUAGGAGGACUGGUUUAUGAUCGGUUUGGAAGUCGUAAUUUAUUCCGUGCCUCAGCUUUCGUAGUUGGUCUGUCUGGAUUACUGUAUCUAGGUUUAUACCAUGUCUUCACUAAGAGGUACCCACCUAUACUCUACAGUAGAUUCAGAACAGAUGAAAGGAGUAGCAGGACCGACAGCCAGAGAGAAAGCAGCUCAGAAGGAAGGGUAAACCAAGCUAUUGAGAUGGAGACAGCUGAACUUGAACAGCUAGACGAUCGACCACCUAAACUAGAUGCUAGCUCAAUGCGUCUUGCCCUUCGAGAUAUCAACCGCCCUGCUUCGCCCAUGGAUCCUAACACACCCGGUACAAGCCGGGAGUGUAGGGGAUACCAACACAUUAUGGAGAUGCACCCUCAUCCCACCGCAUACCACCACCACCACCAGCAGCCACCACCCCCUUUACGCUCCUCAAGGGAGAUGAUGAUACAUAUGCCUUGUGGUUAUUAUCAUAAGAGAAGAAUGGAUUCAUUAGAAGAUGAUGAUGGUGAUGUAUCCCCAGGAUCAACUAGCUUAGCUGCUUUGAUCCAUAGCGAACAAGGUAGACAGUAUGGAAUUGAGAUGGAAAGGAUGAUGUUACAGAAUCUUGGUGUUAAUAUGGUGUCAUACCUCGAUGAUGUAGAUUUAGAUCAAGCUAUGGAUGCUGUAUGAUUAUGAAAGUUCUUGGAAUGCUCCCCAGGGAGUGGAGAAAGUAAAGGCAUUUUUUGCAAAUAAACCAAGAUUCGAUGAGCGGGGGUAUAUAAUAUACCCAUGAAAAUGUGGUCUUGUCGGAUGGAGAAUAUCAACUCCUUGUAUCUGAAAAAUACAAGUGUGUAAAAUACGAUCAUACAUAAACACAUUCAGACAAAGAUUUUUCUUAAAUGCUAUUUGCUCUUGGUCUUAUUGAAUGUAAAUAGAUGAUCAACGGUCAUGGAUUAUAUGUACAACAUGAAAAAAAAGAAAUAGAAUGUAAAUAUUAAUCCAACAUGACACUUUGGAAAAUUAGCCUGUCAUUGUCACCACACAGGAUUUUUUUGAUGAAAUAUUACUUUCAAGCCAUAAGUAGGCCUUGAUAUAUUUAAAUUGCUUUUAUUAUUGAUAUUGAUUGCAUUAUUUUUUUAAUGCUUGAAUUGAGCUUCUGGAAAUUAAAUUUCGGAAUUUUGGAAAUCAGAUAAGGGUAAAUGAUACCACAAUCCCACCAACGAAAUCGAUUUCAGACCGACAAAAUUGAUGAUAUUAUUUCCAAUGACAUGUCAUCGAUCGAUCGAUGCUAAAAGCAUCAUGCAUUUUUAAUCAAUAUUAAUGGAACGUUGUAUUUGUCAUAAAUGGUGCUCUAAUAUAUCCCUUGUUUACAAAAUACUAUGUGAUAUUUUGUCAAGUUUCUCUCCGUGAUACCAGGAACGAAUUCCAGUCUAUUUCAGGGGCCGCGGAACGGUUUUCAAAGUGGGGGGCUGAGCCGAAAGUGGGGGGGGGGGGGCUAAUCAUACAAAAAAUCACAAUCAUGGUAAUUUUUACGUUUUUUGUACACGGUUUUGGAAAAAAGUGGGGGAUGAAGCCCACCCCCCCCCCCCCCCCCGCUUCGGCAGCCCCUGUAUUUGUGCUAGGGAUAAUAAGGUUUAUUGGUUGUGUUUUGCAGUCACAUCAGUUUGCACACCUGUCCUUUUUAACCAAUAGAGGGAGCAAUUGAGAGAUAGUUUUCUUUCCGCAUCGGUACAAUGAAGAAAGGUGCAGAAAUAUUGCAAACAAAAUAUAUGUGUUUUAGAUGCAUGCAUUCCCAGACUAUGAGCCUGUAAAUGUCUCCAAAAGUAUAAUUACUUGAUUGGAAUUUUCCCAAUCAUUAAAGGUAAAGGGGCAAAUGUAUUUAUCAAAGUUGUUUAUAUGCUGAUAUUUUGUUCUCAGUUUGUUGUGGAAUUAAGAAAAUAAUAUAAUAUUGGAAGCAUUGUUUUCCACCAUGAAAUAACUGAUAAAGUUACAUUUAUGGGGGCACCAAUACGGUCCUAUAGCAAAACACAUUCAUCACCGCAACCUAGGAUACAAAGAGUGAGUUGAUGAAUUUGAUUUUCAUUUAUUUAUUUCUUUUACCAAGAAUUUCACAUAUUUACAGGUUAUAAUGAAACAAGUCAUAGAGAAGUUAUAUUAUGAUAAAUAUGGCAUAAAUGUAAAUUGUAUUCGAAAAAUAACUUACGUGCUAGUUUGGCCUUGUCGCACUAGGCCGAUACAACUACAGAUUUUUUAAAAAAUUACAAAAGAAAACUUUCAAUCGCAGUGUACUUACUUCAAAUGGCUUGGAGUAACAACUUUAAAAUGAAAGUAAGGAGAAUUAUAACAAAUAACUUUUAAAGAAUUCCUUCAACUUUUUCUGGAUAUUUUCUUCAAUCAAAUUUCAACAAUAACUUUGUUCCAUAUGUGUAUAAGACAACGUUCGUUUGUUUUCAACUCGGAAGAUAAGCAUUAUAUUGAACUCUCCAUGAAAGCUGAUUGAAUAUUGGACCAAUUACGAUAUUAGUACUGGUUCCUUGACAUUUUACAGUGUGUAUAUUUGAGAUUUUAUUACUAUGACUUGUCUAGUUUUAUGAGUCAGACUUAUUGUUACAUUUUAAUAUGAUUUUUUAUACUUCUUUUGCAAUCAAAUUAGAGAGAGGGGAUAAUCAUUCCCACAUUAGAUACAUCGAUAAUCAAUUGAAUGCAACGUAGAAAUUGACAUGUGAUCACGAUCGUUUGGUUGAUUCGAUUUAUUUCUGCGUUCAGUAACAUGUUACAAAGUGAUAAAGUAUUAAAGUACAAAUACAUAAUAUAAACAUUUCAAUUGCAAUUUGAAAAAGAAUACUGGUAUAUGGGAUUUUUUUAAUACAAUAAUUAGAAUAAUUUGUGAACGCAGGAGACUGUCAUCAUGAACGCAUGGUUGCAUUAGUAUAGUUAGUGAUCAAAAUUUGGCCAAGAAGGAUAAAUUUUCCGUUCAUUAUGAAAAAUAAAUAACUUUUGGAUUUAUUAGGUACAUGUUUUUCUAUUUGCACUCUGAUAUUUAUGUUUAAUUGUAACAUGUCAAAAUGUUUUAAAUCGAAGAAUCAUAAUGUUUAUUGCACAAUAUUUGAAUGUUCAAUUAUUAUGGAUUACAAAGAUGUAUGAAUUAAGUUUUGUUUUGUAUAUAUUUGUUCGUAUUCUUAUAAAUCAAUAAAAUGCUAAAUGCAUUCAUCACGUUU